AAAAAAAACAGAAAUGCUUAAUUAAAAUAUUCAUAAUUUAGAUUCUAAUUUAUUAAGUGACUAAUAUAAAACAAAAUCAAAUAUGAUGGAAUAUUUAACAAAGGAAUUAUUGAGUGGAUUUGACAAAUACAAGUAUUCCGCAAGGGAUACGAGUCCAUUAAGCAUCUACAUUAUGCAUCCGUUUUGGAAUUGGAUUGUUGAGUACUUCCCACGAUGGAUCGCUCCAAAUUUGAUGACAUUUGUUGGUUUCUUGUUGACGGCAGCUAAUUUUGUCAUACUUUCGUACUAUGAUUGGGACUUUUUUGCUCAAACCGAUGAUGACUCACCACCUAUUCCUGAUUGGUUUUGGCUUGUCGGUGCCAUCAAUAUUUUUCUAGCUUAUACAUUAGACGGUAUUGACGGCAAGCAAGCUCGACGCAUCAAAUUAAGCGGACCGUUAGGUGAACUUUUUGACCACGGGCUUGAUUCUUACUCAGCAUCAUUGAUUCCGAUUUGUUUAUACUCUAUCUUUGGACGUGGCGAGCAGUUUUCUGUAGAACCGAUAAGAUUUUAUUACGUCCUUCUUGCUAUUAUAAUUAAUUUUCACAUUUCACACUGGGAGAAGUACAACACUGGAGUUCUUUUUCUUCCAUGGGGCUAUGAUUGUGCCAUGUGGGGGAGUACAUUGAUGUUUAUGGCGUCAUAUAUUUGGGGUUGUUGGAUUUGGAGUGUACCUUUGUUCGGCACCAGCUUAAAUUGUGGACACUUAAUGGAAUACGUAUUGCAUAUCACUGCCCUAGGAAACAUUCCAGUAGUCUUUUACAACCUCUAUCGUUCAUAUGCUGACAAAACAGGAAAAAUGCGCAGCUUUGUCGAAUGUAUUCGACCAUUGAUUCCGCUAUCAAUCUUUCUGUUACUUUCAACAGUCUGGGUUCAUUAUUCACCCUCAAAUAUCGUUUACAAUCAUCCAAGAGCUGUUUAUUUACUCGUAGGAACAAUAUUCAGUAAUAUAAGUUGUCGAUUGAUUGUCUCACAAAUGAGUGAUACAAAAUGUGAGACAGUUAAUUGGAUUUCACCUUACUUGGCAAUCGCAUGUUUCGGAUCGAUUUUCAUGCCGAGACUUGAAAUCUUUUUCCUUUACUCAAUGUUGUUGUUAUCGACAUUUACUCAUAUUCACUACGGUACGGUUGUGGUUCAACAGUUGUGUGAGCAUUUUAAUAGAAUUUGCUUUGGUGUCACGAUGCGAACUAAAAAAGAGUAGAUUUAUGGUUGUAUUGAGUAUAAUGUGGAAUUUUGAACAUAAAAAUUGUUGGAACAUUCAUUUUAAAAUCUAGAAUUUAGACAUGUGCGUCAAAAAAUAUGCGAUAGUCUUAUCACCUGUCUGCAAAUUAACACAUCGAAAUUAUGAUAACAUAAUCUUCAGCGAUAAUAGUCCAAACAAUUCUAGAAUUUUGACUGAAGUGCUCUUAUCAUUAUAAAAUUGGGUAAUUAGUAUUCUCAGGAGAUUUAGAUAUGCGCUAGUAAUUUUAUAAACAAUGAUACAACUUUUCUGAUUGUUG